AUGAAAAGAGUGCAUCAUUUUCAAACAAAUUUUGAGUGAGAAAAGCGAAAAUAUUUCUAAGGAAUUCUGUAAUUUACAGAUUGUAAUGUAAUUGCAAAGAAAGGACAGGCAAUUAUGCUUCCAGUUCCAAGAUAUAUUGACAAUCCAACCAUUGUCAGAAAUAAAGAAAAUCCAAAGCAAGCACAACAAAGUAUGGCAAGCUGUCAGACACCUGUUCGUGCUCCCCUGAAGGAUGUUAACAAUUCAGCUGUGGUUGCCAUGGUGAAGAAAGGGGCGCAAGUAGGAACUCCCAGCAAGAAAACACCCAGGAGGAAAUCAGACAAAAUGAAAGGAGCACUCAAGAAGCCACCUGUAGCCAUCUAUGAGGACAUUACACCUGUGAAAGACAAACCCAGUAAUGAGGGUGCUGCUUUGAUGACAUCAAAACCCUGCGAGGAGAGUGUUGCACUGAACACUUUAGUCUACAACAGAGUUGUUGACAUUGUCUCCAAGACUCAGCAGGCAUAUGAAGCUGAGCUAGCAGUUAGAGACAAUAAGAUUGGUGAGCUUACUGAACAGCUGGAGCAGAGAAGCCCCGUAGCAACCAAACCACAGGCUGACUCUGUGAAUGAAAGUCAUUUCCUCGACUUAUUCGUGGAUAUCCUUGUUAGCAGCACCAUUGACAAUGCUCUUCAAUCCCUCUCUCAUCCUCAUGGUAACAACACAAGCUGCCAUAGCAACACAACUUGUUGUCAUGCCAACAAUACCACAAAUACAGAUAACCAACUCAACCCUGAUAUUCAAUCUCCUAUCAUUGUUACCCAUAAAAAGGGUAUACUUCUGAACAACCAGCAAAAAAAUGACAAUAGCAACAAUCAAACUACAAAACACCAUAGCAACAACUCAAAAACUGUCAACUUUAAUGAUGACAUUGUGAUUAUUCCUGCAUCAGAUGAUAUAAUUGAUGAAGAAUCUGGUGAUUCUAAUGAACACAAAUGUGAAAAUGACACCAAAACAGAAACCAAAGAUCUCCCAGAUGAUACAAAAUCAGCAAACAAAAGACUGAGUGAGAUUAGUACAAUAAAAAUUGAUUCAGAAGCAUGUUAUAAAUCUCUGGACUCAAGGUUUGAUAAGAUAAUGUCAACAUUGAGUGAAAGUGUCUCUACAACUCUAACUGAAGCUCAAUCCAAGCAACAAGAAGGGAGCACCACAUGUAUGUCGCAAUCACAUCAAGAAACAAUGACAGACAUUGUGCAAGUCAUGGUUGUUGCAACUAAUACUUCACCGAUGUUAAGAGCACAGAGAGUUUUCUGCGAUUCAGAGACCUCAACAGUGACACCUAUUAAAUGUAUAAAUGUUGAGACUUGUACUUCUCCAAUUCGGAGUUUGUCAAUUGAAACUUGUAUGACCCCAAAGAAGACACUGGAUUUUGAGCAAAAUACCUCAGUAGUGAUGACAACACAGUCCAUUUCUACAUCUCCAAUCAAAACAUCAGCAACUGAAACUAUGGUUACUCCUGUAAAAUGCCAAGAAAAUUCACAAAUGACUUCACCUGUUGGCAUGGCAACCACAGAAACCAUGGUUACCCCCACAAAACACAUAGAUAGUGCACAAGGAAUGAGUCCAUUGCCUCCAAAAGUGGACAGCUCACAAGGGAUGAGCCCAUUGCCUUCAAGGAUAGACAGCUCACAAGGGAUGAGUCCACUUCCAGAGAGGGUGGAUAGAUCAUCAAUCACCUCUCCUGUAGGGAACUCUGUGCUCAGGUACUCCAAAGAUGACCUCAGUGACCUUAACACACAUGACCUUGCCCACCAGUUAGAAACAGCCACCAUUAGUAAUGCAUUGUUACGUCAUGAGCUAUCAGAAUUGAAGCAGACACAAGAACAUGUUACCAAACAGCUUGAUGAGGCGAGACAAAAUGACUUUGAUAACAAGAUGGAGAUUGAGAAGAUCAAAGAGGAGCAGCAUCUUCAACUGGAAGAUAUUGAGGCUAGAAAAGAUUCAGAACUGAAGGAACUGAAAGGUUUAGUGUGUGACCAACAAAGAACAAUUGAAGACCUCAAGAAUUCAUUGACAAGUGAGGCAGAGAGUCAUCAAAAACAACUAGAGUCCAUUAAGGAAGAGAACCAUAACUUACAGGAGGACCUCUGUAGGACAUUCAAACAGCAUAAACAGGAGAUGCACAAUUUGGAAAAGAGACACCAAGAGAAUGAUUACAAGCCUCAUUUUGAACGCAGUCAGGUUAUAAUAGAGGAACUAAGAGCCGAACUUGAUGUUUAUGUGGAUAUGAUGUCAUCACUUGACACGGCCAACACAGUGCAGGAAGAGCUUAUGUCAGUUCUGAGUCAAGGUCACAGUGAGGUCACCCAGCUUGCCGAGUCCACUUUGAAACAGAAGGCCGAUUUAGAAGAGCAACACAAGGUUAUGGUUGAGAAGAUAGAACAGAAUGAUAAUGCAAUGAGUAAGAUGACAGAUGAAAACAAUGCAAUGAGAGAGAAGUAUGAAGCAAUGAAAAGUGAAUGGGAACUCAUGAAAGCUGAGAAGAUACAGAUGGAGAUACUGUAUGAAGGAACUCACGCUGACCUAGGUUCAUCUAUGACACGUAUCUCAGAAUUAACAGACUCUCUAUCACUGUGCCAAGAAAGGUUGCAAGAAAAGACAGAUCUCCUAAAGGUGCUUCAUGAUGACAUGGCAAUCUUACAAGAUCAGGACUGUGAUAACUUCAUGCAUAUCCAAACACUACAUGCUGCUAUAGGAGUGCAGGACAUGGAGCUAGAUGCACAGUGCGAAAAAACUGCCGAGGCAGAGAAGCAGGUUAAGGUGCUACAAGAGCAUCUCAAUGCUGAGUGUGAAAGGUUUGAUAUUGAUACACAGAACCUCCAGCGGACUCUAGAUUCCAGAGAGGAGGACAUUAACACUCUCCAGGCAGAGUCAGACAAGCAGAGGGCAACUAUAGCAGAGAUGACCCCCUAUAUAAGGCAACUGGAGUUACAGGUUGAGGAGAGUAAAUACACAUACAGGGAACUAUGCAUGACUAAAGACCUGUUACAGAGCACACAGUCUUCCAGCAAAGAAACCCAGGAGUUUCUUGAAGAGGAACGUAAUAUGUUGAGUGAGAGUCUAGCUGAAAAAGAAGAAUCUCUGAAACAAGCAACUAUGAUGCUAGCUGCUAAGCAACGAGAGUUCCAACAGAAAUCUCAACUAUGUGCAGAUCUUACUGAACAGGUCCAAACUCAAAGUGACACUAUACAUCAGUUGAAGGAUGAACUGGACAGCACCAAGGCACAUGCCCACUAUAUGCUUCUGAACCAGGGCAGUGAGAUACGUGACGUCGCAUUCGAAACAGAUCGUGUCACCCAGAGAAUGGAACAAGUCAUAGAAGCCCUUUCUGAAAAAACAUCACAGUUUCAGAGCGACAAAGCUGAAGAGGAUGAACCAGAGGAACCUAUCCCAGAACCCCCUCUGAUGACAUCUACGUUCAAAUCCCAGAGUCUCAUAUCCAGCAUACUCUCUGCCAUACAAACAUCUCCUGAGUCACCUGAUUCAUCCCAGGAACCAAUCAAAAUCAGUAAUGUAUCCAAGAUGGCUGACACAUCCAAAAUGGCCGACUCAUCAAACACAUCAAAUCUAACAACCACAAAUUCCAUCUAUGUUACACCAGAUCAGUCCCCUGAUGUUGAAAUAACGGACAACACAAUACAACAACCUGUACAAAUUGGCUGUGGAAAUAGCGCAUUUACAAAAGUGACAAAACUAUCUAAUAAAGACUCAAUAGAAGAGAGACAACCACACACAAUCAAAGAUUCAGCAAGUGUUGAAGGAGAUAUGACAUCAUUUGAUGAAGUUGAUGCAAUGCCAGUGGAUGUUUGUGAGGCUAGCCAGUAUGCAGAAGAGAGUCCUAGUAAAUCACCAGGGGAAGUGGAGAAUGGUGUUGUUGAUAGGGUAGCCUCCCUUGGAGACAUGUUGUCUAGUAUCAUCAGCCUAAUGACUAAAAUAGAAAAAGUAACAAAUGCCAACAAGGAGUCUCUUAUGCAAGACAUUGAAUCCUUGAAAUGCAAACUUGAAGCAUCAAAGACUUUUUACAAAGAAGAAACAACAAAUCUACAUCAGCAAAUUCUCAGCCUUCAAGAACGAGAAGUAAAGUUUCGACAGGAGUUGGUGGAAAGGAAAAAUGAAAUAGCCAAUAAAAGCAAAGAUCUGGAAUAUACCAAGUCGAAGUUGGAGAGUAUGGCUGACAAUGUAGGCCAUCUGGUGGACCAACAGUCAACUAUAGAGAAACUUAGCAAGGAAUUGAAGAGUCUCCAAGUUCUCAAUUCGUCACUUGUUGCUGAGAAAACUCAAUCCGUUGAACAUUUAGAAGAAGCCCUCAAAAGACUGGAUGAUGUGUCUAAGGGGUCCAUGUGUUAUGUCUCAGAAGGACAAUACUUACGGGAGAAACAUAAUUUAAAGAAAGAGAUCAAUAUUCUGAGGGGGAAGCUCUCUGAGAAGGGGGAGUAUUGUGAUGAACUGAGUGCAAAGGCCAACAAACGAAUGCAGUUGUUGGAUGAGAAUUGGAAAAAAGCGGAAGCUGAAGUUUAUCGUCUGGAUGAGCUUGUAGAGCACAUACGCCAAGUGUUGCAUGCAGAGCGUAACAAUCUUGAAGGACUUAAGGCUUUAGAGAAACUACAAAGAGAUUUAGAUGGCAUAGAAGCAGCUCAAACACCCCUCAGAUCCAUCAACAGUAAAAACUAUCCAAAAUUAGACUUAGAGACUGUCAAAACUGGAAACCUCUUCAUAUGAUGUAGUAUUUUGGCCUAUAAUGUGACAUUGUGCCCCAUAGUGUGACAUUAUACAUCAUAGUAUGACAUUUUGCCCUAGUAAGAUAUUGUGCCCUAUAAUGUGACAUUGUGCCCUGUAGAGUGACAUU